CUCUAUCUCAAGACACACCAAAUGAGAGAGGAGCUGUAAUCACAUGGAGCUGUUUGUCUGAUGGGGCCUCUCUCUCUCUCUCUCUCUCUCUCUCUCUACCAAUUAUGAACUAAAAAAUUAAAGAAAAAAGGAAAAAAUUUCUUUACCAUUUUGAUCGUCUGAACAAAGAAAUGGCUGAUGAUAAGGAAAUGUCCACCCAGGUUGUUGAUGGAAAUGGAGCUGAAACCGGUCACAUCAUAUCCACCACAAUCGGAGGCAAGAAUGGAGAACCAAAGCAGACCGUUAGUUACAUGGCCGAGCGUGUUGUUGGGGCUGGAUCAUUUGGAAUAGUUUUCCAGGCAAAAUGUCUAGAGACUGGGGAAACCGUGGCUAUAAAAAAGGUUUUGCAAGACAGAAGAUACAAGAAUCGUGAGUUGCAGUUAAUGCGAACAAUGGAUCAUCCGAAUGUGGUUUCUUUGAAGCACUGUUUCUAUUCAACGACAAGCAAGGAUGAGCUUUUUCUGAACCUAGUGAUGGAAUAUGUCCCAGAGACAAUUUUUCGUGUUUUAAAGCAUCACAGUGAUGCACGUCAAAGGAUGCCUCUCAUUUAUGUGAAACUGUACACAUAUCAAAUUUUUAGGGGGCUGGCAUACAUGCAUAUGGUUACUGGAGUAUGCCACAGGGACUUGAAGCCUCAGAAUGUCCUGGUUGAUCCUCUUACUCACCAAGUGAAGAUUUGUGAUUUUGGAAGUGCAAAAAUGCUAGUGAGGGGAGAAGCAAAUAUAUCGUAUAUUUGCUCUCGAUUUUAUCGGGCACCAGAACUUAUUUUUGGUGCUACAGAGUAUACAACUUCAAUUGAUAUAUGGUCGGCUGGUUGCAUUCUUGCUGAACUUCUUCUUGGGCAGCCACUAUUUCCUGGAGAAAAUGCAGUGGAUCAGCUUGUAGAGAUUAUUAAGGUCCUGGGCACACCAACUCGAGAAGAACUUCGCUGUAUGAAUCCAAACUAUACUGAUUUUAGGUUUCCGCAAGUAAAGGCUCACCCUUGGCACAAGGUAUUUCAUAAGCGGAUGCCUCCUGAAGCAAUUGAUCUUACGUCACGGCUCCUGCAGUACUCUCCAAGUCUUCGUUGCAAUGCUCUUGAAGCCAUAGCACAUCCUUUCUUUGACGAGAUUCGGCAACCUAAUGCUCGAUUACCAAACGGUCGACAAUUACCACCUCUAUUCAACUUCAAACAGGAGUUGUCUGCAGCAUCACCAGAGCUUGUGAAUAGGCUAAUUCCAGAUCAUGUGAAGAGGCAAAUUGGUGUACAGAUUAUACCACAACCUGCUGCUGUUGGGACAUAAAAGAGGAGAUGAUGUGGUGUGGAAUUAUGCCAAGUGAUUUGCAAAGAGGGUUGUAAUCAGCCGCAUCAUAUCUUGUUUCACGACAACUAAGGUGGCCGGCCAUUUGCCAUUCUACUACCGUUACUGUAUUCUCUCUAUCUCUACCUCUAUCUCUACCUCUAUCUCUAUCUCUAUCUCUAUCUCUAUCUCUAUCGGCCAACAGGAGAAAGAAAAAGGAAGGAGAAGCUGUGUAAUUUGUUUUUAUAGUAUGAAAAGCGUCAAGGAUAGCUAGAAAGACCGACCGAUCAACCCGGAAAUAGAAGCCAGAAGGAAAGAGUGGCUGUUUUAAGGGUUUUAUACUUGUGUUCUCUCUUCUAUAAGUAUGGAUGACUGACCCACUAUGUUUUGUUGUAGCUCUUUAUGUUUUAAGUUGGUUUGUGUAAAUGAUAGAGUUGGAGCCUAUGAUUUUGUUGUCUAUAUUUGUAAUGCUAUCAUUACCAAAUCCUGUUUAUCAUCAUAUUUCACUCUACUUUCGUAUGUGAACCAGACAGGAUUGGCGAGA